AUGCACAACAAACCGCAAACACUAUCGCACGGCAGGAUUGUUCGUGCAGAGCUUCAGAGGAAAAAGAUAUUUGUUCUUAUAGGGAUACAGGCAUGCAUUCUUUUUACACUUAUAUUCUUUUUAUUUCGACGGAAAAAUAAUUUCAUGGAAGUUCAGAGGCAUACUUUUAUUCUUGAGAAAAUGUAUGAUCUUAUUGACCAAAUCAAUGAAGAGGUAGAGACUUGCCUGAAAAAAGGAACGCGGAAAGAGCAAAAUUCCGAAUUCAGCAAAAUAGAUUUUAUUGAAGGGCUGACUCCCAUUAGGCUUUCGGAGAUGACUGCUGUUUUCGAUCUUGUCGGAAACAUAGGGGAGUACUUGGCGCUGGACCGCAGCAAUUUAGGCGAACUUAGAGAAUUGCCCAGCAAGGUAAUAGUCAAGAGGGUCAUCCUCAAGAUAGAGAACAGCCCUGAGGAGGAAAAGAUAUCCACGCUUCUGGACCACCCGCACAUCGUAAAAACAUAUUUAACGUAUCGGUGUAACUAUGUAAACUCCAAGGGGGUAGAGCAAAGCCUGCUUUGGCUGUUUAUAGAGCCGCUGAAUACAAAGGUUUCCAUAAAAGAAAACGCCAAGAAGGAGGACGAAAUCAGGGCAAUAAUGAGGGACACCUUGGAGGGGCUAGCAUAUAUGCACAGCCAGCGCGUGGCGCAUCUAGACCUCAAGCUUGCAAACGUGAUGGGGCACAGGGACCAGAACAACAACAUAACGUACAAAAUAAUUGACUUCGGGUUUUCAAGGCAGCUUCCAAACGACAAAAUAGAGGAAGUGUAUCCCAAAAGAUGCUAUGGCACGUUCCCGUACAAGUCUCCUGAGGUGUGGAUAUCGAGUGUGCACGGGUUUUCGUCAGACAUAUGGUGCAUUGGUGCAAUGUCUUUGUUUUUGGCGAACAGAAAAUCUUCGUAUUUCCAGAAAAGAGCUGCUGAGGGAGAGGGGACCACAAAAAACUACUCAGACUUCCGCCAGUUUCUGAACGGAACUGUGAAGAUAAAAAUUGAUCCGGAAACUUCCCCUGAGCUUGUUUCUUUCAUCAGGGACUGCAUGAAGAGAAACCGGGAGGAGAGACCAACGGCAGAGAAGCUCUUAGACCAUGUGUUUAUACGCGGAGAGCAGCUGCCAGACGAAGAUCUUGAGAGUAUCUCAUACUAUAUUUAA